UCUGGAGUUCUCCGCUCUCUCUCUCUCUCUUCAUGGCAAGACAUUCGAAGAGACGAAGGCUCUCGAAGCUAUCCAUUUUCGCUACCUUGUAGAGACGAAGCGAGUUGGUCUUUGGGUCUGUUGUAUUUCAAAGAAAUUCUUGUUUACGGUGUCUGGUGAUCAUCCACCUUCGUAGAUGGAGAUGCUUACUACAAAUUCUGGUGCCAUGCUUCCUCUUCUACCCCCAGUGGGUCAGCAUUGGGGAAGAAUGAAGGCCAUAAACUUCCAUCUUAGUAGGGAUAGUUUCCAAGUUAAAACUUCUAAUGGGAGGAGACAACCAGUGAUUGCUAAAGCAGGACCACUUUAUGUCAAACCAAUUCUAUCUACUGGGACAGGGGGAGGUGUUCUAUAUUCAAGUAGAAAGAACAAUGCUUUCAUAUGUUUUGCUGCUUUGAAUGCUAGAUGUGCGGCGGAGCAGACCCAAACUGUUACAAGAGAGGCUCCUACAAUCACUGUUCUUCCUGGCAAGGAGAAGUCACCGCAACUGGAUGAUGGUGAUUCUGGGUUUCCACCUCGUGAUGAUGGUGAUGGCGGCGGCGGUGGCGGUGGAGGGGGUGGCAACUGGUCUGGUGGAUUCUUCUUCUUUGGCUUCCUUGCUUUCCUAGGCUUCUUAAAAGAUAAAGAAAGCGAAGAGCCUUAUCAGAAUGACCGGAGAAGAUGAAGAGCCUUAUCAGAAUGACAGGAGAAGAUAAACAUACUUCGAUCAAUUGGAUUCAUACUUGAAUACAAUCUGAAGGUGACUUCUCCUUGCCUGCAAUUUUAGUUUUAGGUAAUCCAACGUUUGCUUCUAUAAUCUCCAUAAAAUUAAUUUCAUUCAGAAGUUUGCUUUUAAUUCAGUAAUCCCUAUGGACUGGAGUAAGAGCCUAACUCAUGCUGAUGCAAGAUCCCAAGUAUAAGGAACUAUUGAGAUUGAUUCUUGUUCCAA